GCAUAGUACUACACAGCAUACAAGAUGUUGCCCGAAGGCCAAGAGUUAACAGAGCUUCUAGCCAAAAAGGAGCAAGAAUGGAAGGAGCUGCAACAGCGUCAGAUCCUUUUCCUACAGAAGAGCCUCAAGGAAGUGCAAACAAACUUCCAGGAGCAAAAAGAGAAAUUUGAGAGGCUGAAGAAGGACUUCAUCCAUAACCUCAAGGUGCUGGCUGAGAGAGACGGCGAGCUGCAGGAGUGCAAAGUGAUGUUCGCCAGACUGAAGGUCGUGGAAAAUGUAAAGCAGUCUGAAAUAAGCGACUUGAGAGUACAGAUUACGAAGCUUCAGCAAGAGCUGCAGAGAGAGAGGAAGAAUUUGAGUGACUUACAGAGUCAUCAUCAACAGAGAAUCAUUGAGCAGCAGAUAGAACUGGAAAAAUUAAACAGCUCUAAAAAUAGUACUAUUGAUCGCCUUAUGGAGGAGUAUGAGAAUGUAAAGCGCCAGCUGGAAAGGAAACUAGAAGAGGUACAAGGAGACCUAAACCUACAGAGACAGGAACUGUCUCUGGAGUUUGAUUGCGAAAUGAAGAAACGUGAACAUGCACAUCGUGUAUGUAUUGAUGAGAUGAACACUUUGGUUCUGUCUAAUGAGCUCAAGGUGAAGUUGCUGACUAACGAAUUGGAAGUUAUGAGGGAAAUGGCACUGAAAGGCGCGGAGUGUCUCCAGAAAGCGGAAUCGGCCAAUGAGAGAAUGCAGGAGCUCCUGAGACAAAAAGACUUUGAAUUGAAGGACUUAUUGGCAGUUAAAGAGGCGCGGAUAAACGAGCUGGAUGCUAAAGUGCAGACACUGCAGAAUCAGCUGAAAAGACAAGAGAGGACUUUUCAACAAAAACACGAACAACUAGACCGCUGUGCACGCGAGAAAGAGUCAGCACUGAAAUUGAUGAAGGAAUCUCACAAUGAGCAGGUCCAAGAGCUGGAGAAACAAAAGAAGGAAGUACAGAUGUGUGUGGAGACUCUGCAGAUGGAGCAGGAAAGGACACAGUGCAAUCAGCAGGCGGAACUGGCAGAGAAGGACAGCACCAUCGCAAAGCUCCAGAAUGACGUGAAAACGUUGAAGACUGGCUGGGAUUCAUACAUCACCCAAGUGUCUCAUGACACUGUAAAUAAAGAUCUUUGCAUUCAGUCUCUGCAAGAGAAGGAGGAGAAGCUGAACGUUCAGAUAGCCAAACUCCAGAAGGACAUAGAGAGGUACCAACAGCAGUUGUCAGGUUCGGUGGAGCGGGAGCGUCUCUUCGAACAGGCCAGGGUGCAGGUGGAGUUAGACUGGCAGAAGCGCUGUGAAGGUAUCGAGAAAACUCAGUAUCAGAAAUCGGAGGAGUUGAUCGAAGGUCUUAGCAAAGCCAAGGAUCAGAUGGAAGCUGAAGUGAAAGAAAAGGACAGAAGGCUGAAUGAGCUGCAGCUUGUGUUAUCCACUGUGACCUGGGAAAGGGACAAAGCUGUGACCACCGUCAGGAAACAGAGAGUUCUCACUGACACAGGAGAACAGUUGGUAGGCACACUUCCUCAGCCGCAAGCAUGUGAACUGGGAAAGUGGUUCCUGUGCCAGGAGGUGUUCCCGGUCCUGUGUUGCAGGUGGGGGAUGCUGGCUGUGGACCUUUUGGCAUCCAUGUUUAACAAGAAAAUGGAUAGAUACGAGUGCAUUUUGGUGAUUCUCAUUGCUCUGGACUGGUCCAGGCUGAUGUGGUUUUCUGUGUUGACACAGGCAGGCAUGCCAGAGUUUGCAUCAAGAGAAAUUCAGACUCUACAAGAGCAAAAUUCAGAACUGCGUCAAGUGAUUGGCCAGAUGAGGAAGGAAAUGGAGAUGCUGUGCGAGCAGAUGUCACCCGCAGCUCCUGAACGGACAAAUCCUCCAUCUGGUGACACCCACGGGACUUCUGCCUCUGCUGAUUAUGUGAAGUCUCUUGAGGAGGAGAUCAAGGAUCUAAAACAAAGGUAUAGGGAGUUGGAAGAGCAGCUUGAGUUGGCUCAGUCACAGAAAUAUUCUCCUGAUCUGCCGUCCACUUCAAAACCAGUGCUACCUGACAACGCCUACAUCCAAACUCACAUCGGGAGCUUAAAUGAAACCAUAGGUGCUUUAAGAGCAGAUAAAGUGGCAUCUGCAGCAGCUGCUAAGAGACUGGAAGCCAGAACAGCCCACCUGGAAUCAAUGGUUGCUGAGCUUACACGGAAGGUCCAGCAAAAACAGGCAGAAAUCAAUCAGCUUCAGUUUCAACUGAACAAUGAGACUCGUCACAGCCAGGCCACCAUCUCCAGCCUCCAACUAAGACAGUCUGAAUUGGAACUGCAGCUCAGUGAAGCCCGGAAAGAGGCGGAAGAAUAUUUUAAAGGCAACCUGAAGCAAAAUCUGGAGACAGUUGGACUUGGGAAUGAGGUGUGUGCACUGAAGCUGGAACUGGCCAGUCAGCGAGUCCCUGUGGUGCUCAGCGAGAGUGAGGCUGUGAGACAGCUACGUGAAGAGGUCCUGGCCCUGCACCAGCAAUUGGCCUCCCUAACAUCAUCAGGUGAUGGACCAACCAACCCUGCCAUACUGAAGAGGAAACUGAAAGAAGCAGUCAAAAGAUUUUCUCGGCUCAACAUGGAGAAACAACAACUGAUUGAGAAAGGGAACAGACUGCAAGCAGAAUUGGCGGAAGGUUCUUCCUUUGGUGAUGUGCAAAUAGUCCUGAAACCAUUGCUGGGAGCUGCCAUCCUGAAUCGAAUGGCAUUGGCUUCAGCAACAGCUCCAGAAGAUCCGAGCAUGUAUGCACCAAACGCAGCAUCCACUUCUAGACACGUGGUUACUGGAAAACCAAAACCUCAGAGCCGCCUUUCAGAACUGGAACGUCUUCAGUACCAGCUAACAUCCCAGGAGUUACAAUUUGCUCAAUACCAGAAACCUCCCAGUGUGUCUGCAAAUGGUCAUUUUAAUGCCAGAGCCAAACCCCAAUUGCACGGUGACAGCUCCGCAAUGCAGACUACUGAAGCAAAACCAACACAGAAAGAGAACCUGUCACCAUCACCUCGUGUGCAUCACGUGAGCAGCGCCCGAUCCUUGCAUUCCGCAGCCUCACUGACAGACGUCGACACAUCUUUGCAAGAAGUUUGGAAGGUGUUGGAUAUGGGAUCAAGUCUGUCACUGCUCAGCUCCCAGGAGGAAACUGAACAAGGUGAAACUCCAGAUACUGUGCUAGUCUCGUCUGACUCUCUUAGAACUUGCAUAAGAGUUUUGGGUCUGUUGGUAUCCACCUUCGAAGCGAUUCCAUUUGCUCAGCUCCAUUCCAGGCCUUUGCAGAGGAACAUUCUUACGGCGUGGGACAAGUCUACUCUAUCUCUAGGUUGUCCGGUUCAGAUUCAGUUGAACAAUGCUAUAGUGGUGGCAUACAUCAAUCACCAGGGGGGCACCAGGUGUGUGUCAGCGGCGAUGGAGGUUCAUUUGAUCUUGGAUUGGGAGGUACUUCAUGUUCCAGUCAUCUCAGCAGUCCACAGGAGUAGAAAACUGACAUGUGCACUUUCUCAGCAGACAAAAUCUGGAUCUGGGAGAACGGUCUCUUCAUCCGGAAGUGUUUCAACAUCUUUGUCAGCGCUGGGGGGCAACAGAUGUGGACCUUCUAGCUUCUCAACACAACAAAAAGAUGGGCAGAUUUGUGUCCAGAACGAGGGAUCCAACGGCAGAUGCAUUGGAUGCCUUAGUAGCCCCGUGGAUCAGUGCACCCUGAUGUAUGCCUUUCCUUCACUAACCUUGUUACCUCGUCUGCUUCGCGGGAACACGAAGGAGUUCCAGUCAAUUUUGUCGCACCAGAUUGGCCUUGAAAGGUGGGGUAUGCCACAGUAUAUUUACAGUUCCUUUUUUGUUGUUGACCAAGUUCUUCUGGUUAUUGUGGUGUCCGCCCCUCUUUUUGGACAACUGCUGGCAAAAUUCAUUGCUAAAACCUUGGAUACGCACGGCGCCAUCCGUGGACAUCACUACGAGCACCAUCACUAUCUGAAAAAGUGGUCUCCAUUGCUGUAUGAGGGAGAGGAUAGAAUUUCUGUGCACAUUAAGCAGGCUCUGGAACUGCAGCAGCAUGACGUGGUCACCGCAGUGGGACUGGUCAGCGUGGGCAGAGACUCCACGCUCCCUGGGACGGCUCAGUCAGGCAAUCACAAGAAAGUGUCUCCUAUUCCGACUCCACAGUCUGCAAUCAGGAAGAGGCCAGAAAAGACUAACCGGUCCGUGAAUACAAAGAGCACAAAGAACCCCAAAAUCCGCAACUACAAUAUAAGAGAUUGA